GCCCCGUCCGCCUUCCAUACUUCCCGUAAACACUGACAGACAGACGCGUGACUUGUGUUAUAAUAACUGGAUUUGGAGGCUCUUACAGCGAAGGGACACUCGUCCGGCUCUCUUGACUGAAUCAGUGACCUGAACCUGUUUUGUGAGCGUCACCCGCUGCAGUUAAAAGUCACUAGUGAGGGCCGAGAGACCAUGUGGGAGUCACAUGCGUGCAGAAGAUGAGCAGUAAACAGAUGCCGGUCUGAGUGUGUUACAGCAUGAACGGCACCACGCAGCCCCCUCACACCAUCAGCGGAGACGCGGCCCUCAGCUACGUGCUGCUCCCCUUCUUCCUCAUCACGGCCCUCGGGACUGCUGCAGCAGUGGUGAUGUACAUAAGGAGGAGACGGAGGAUUGACAGACUGCGGCAUCAGCUGCUUCCGGUUUACACGUAUGACCCGACCGAAGAGCUGAACGAGGCGGAGCAGGACAUUCUCUGGAAAGAGGAAGACACAAGGGUGGUCCGGGGUUGGAUGAGGACGUAUCAGCAGCGCAGACACCUGCUCUCAAAGGAUCCUGAUGCAUGAAAAAGCCUGCUUGAACUUCUGCACAAUCUGUGGACCUGGUCAAUAACUAGUCACUCCAUAUACCAUCUCAUCGUCCCGCAUUGCAGUCACAAGAUGGACAAUUCUGAGCAAAAAGUUACUGAUUUUCUGAGUCUAGAUGAGCUUUAGUGACAGGAGAAAUCUACAGGAGACUGAAGACUCGAGCGUUGGGAUCAUAUUAUUCCCCUCUGGUCUGAAGCACAGCUUUACUCUCUGAAUAGCAAGACUCAAGCAGGAUUCGCCACCGUGUUAGUUUUUAUUUAUUUUAGCUGUAUGUUUUCUGCUGAUGUUCUGUGCUAUUAAAUCCUCGUGAGAGCUGUUCAUUUUACCGAGUGUGCAUGAAUGUGAUGUGCUCAACCAAAACCAAACUGGGUUAUCGUGCUAAACCGUCACUCAAGAGACCGUCUUUUAUUUUUCAUUCUCUAUGCAAGCUAGUUUGUCCUCCUCAUUCGUUUCCUCAGCACUGGAAGUGUCACGAGAACGUCUGCAUUAGAUUUCAGCUUCAUGCCAGAAUGAGAGAGUGCUAAACUAAGGGGUACCCCAACAUGAAACCAGCAUUUACUCAGCCUCGUGCUGUUACAGACCCUUAUCUACAUUGGAACCUUAUGAAUUUAAUGGUACAGACAAAAAACAGGGCAUUUUUCUAAAUAUCUUCUAUGUUCUGCAGAAGAUAUUUUGAGAAACAUCUGUUUUGCCCACACAGUGGCAGUCAAGGGUAACCAGAACUGUUUGGUUAUAGUGAGUAAAUAAGUUCUAAUUUUUGGGUGCAGUAACACUUAACUAGCCAAUAGCCUUUAGUUAGCCCAGCAAAACUGAUUACCCCAAGCAAACUACUAUUUAUAAUUUAGGGUAGGAGACAUUCUCCUGCA